AUACAGGCCCCGCGAAUGACGGUCGUUAAUACUACUGAUAAUCGAUAAUGCAGCUCAUAAGUUGACCUGCGUUGCGUUACUGGCGAUGGGCUUCUGCGAGUCCAGUGGGGCAGGAGACUGUAGGUCCGGUUCGUCUUGGUGCAAAGACGCUGGGCUGCCAAUAGUGGGGCGAAGAGCGACUUCAACUUUUCUUAUGUGUGACCAAACAGAGCAGGACACAUUUGUUUGUAAAGCCUGUCUUGCAACUCCGCAGCCGAACAAAACCUAGACGUCGAUAUUUGCGAGUGUAGACAAUUCCGAAAACUUCAACAUGGCGAUCACCUCGGCGUCGAACGACCAACCAUUCCCGCUUCCGGCUAUCCUCCAACACCCCGCAUCGACCCCUCCAACUCUCAUUACACAAGGUGCCGAAGGCCGCCUCUAUAAGACAACAUAUCUGCAUUCAGAUAUCCCUUGCGCAUUAAAAUACAGGCCACCUAAGCCAUGGCGCCAUAGCCUUCUUGACCAACGACUUACAAAGCAUCGCAUCCUCUCCGAAGCCCGAGUCCUUGUCAAAUGCCGCCGCGAUGGCGUUCGAGUCCCGGCUGUAUACGGAAUAGAUGAAGCCGCCGGCUGGAUAAUGUUGGAAUGGAUUAAUGGAACUCCUGUCAGAGUAAAUAUAAAUGCCAAGCUAGGCAAGAGAACAGAAGGCAUCGCCCAAGACGAGGAACUCAAAGCCUUCUUGAGAAAAAUCGGAGCUGCUGUAGGCAAAAUGCACAACAUGGGUAUUGUUCAUGGAGAUUUGACAACGAGUAAUAUGAUGUUGAGCAAGGAGCUAUCGGAAGUAGAUCAACACGAAUCUUUGGAGGGCGAGAUUGUUAUUAUUGAUAUGGGUUUAGCAAGCGGUGCUGUGCAGGAGGAGGAACGCGCAGUUGAUCUCUAUGUUCUUGAGAGGGCAUUUGCCAGCACUCAUCCUCGAGCAGAGUGCAUAUUUAACGAGGUGCUGGAGGAAUAUGGGAAGAGUUUCAAGCAAGCACCGGCCGUAUUAAAGCGACUAGAAGACGUGCGAAUGCGUGGCCGGAAGCGUAGCAUGCUUGGGUAAAUAGUGAUGCUAUAGCGUCAUAAAAUGGUAAAAAGAAGAAUUCAUUCAU